AUGGAGCCAUUACUCUUGAUAUCUCUGAUUGCCGCUGAUGUUCCACCUCAGCUUGUAGUUCUCCUCAAAUUUACUCCUCAAAAUGAUGAAAAAUCAGAAGUGGCCAUCCUGUACAACGAUCGCUCGGUUCUGGAAAACCACCACGUGAGCGCAGCCUACAGACUCAUGCAAGAAGAUGAGAUGAACAUCCUGGUCAACCUCUCGAAGGAUGACUGGAGGGAGCUGCGUACGCUGGUGAUCGAGAUGGUCAUGAGCACAGAUAUGUCCUGCCAUUUCCAGCAGAUCAAGACCAUGAGGAAUGCGCUGCAGCAGCCGGAGGGAAUAGACAAGGCUAAAGCGCUGUCCCUGAUGCUGCACGCGGCUGAUAUCAGCCAUCCCGCUAAGGGCUGGAAACUGCACUACCGCUGGACACAAGCCCUCAUGGAGGAGUUCUUCAGACAGGUACACUCUUCAUAAUAUUUAUCUCUCAUAACAC